AAGAGCAGCCAAUCAGUGGGCGCGCCGGUGAAAACGAGCCAAUCGUGGAGCCGGCUGGGUGUGGGGGCGGGAACAGUUGGCUCAGGUGGACUAGGCUGGAGUAGGCUUCUUGGGCAAACUGUCUGGCUGCUGCCCUGCUGGAGUCCGGCUGCCAGGCACGCGGGACGUCAUGAGCCGGUUCCUGAGCGUGCUGCGGAGCUGGUUGGUGAUGGUGUCCAUCAUCGCCGCGGGGAACACACUGCAGAGUUUCAGGGACCACUCCUUCCUCUAUGAGAAGCUCUACACCGGCAAGCCAGACCUUGUGAACGGCCUCCAGGCUCGGACCUUUGGGAUCUGGACCCUGCUGUCCUCCCUGAUUCGCUGCCUCUGUGCCAUCGACAUCCACAAUAAGACGCUCUACCACAUCACACUCUGGACCUUCCUCCUCGCACUGGGCCACUUCCUCUCCGAGUUGUUCAUCUAUGGGACCGCAGCCCCCACGAUCGGCGUCCUGGCACCCCUGAUGGUGGCAAGUUUCUCAGUCCUGGGCAUGCUGGCGGGGUUCCGCUACCUGGAGGCAGAACCAGCAUCCAGACAGAAGAAGAGGACCUGAAGCCGGGCCCCACGCCGCAGACUCUUCCGCUCUCUCCCCCUUGAGUGCUUCUUUCCUGCCCUUUCAGCAGCCCCCACAGCCACCUCUAACCUUUUAUGUUCCGGUUCCUUUUUGUAACAAAGAGAAAAAAAAAAGACAUGAACAAGCCGUUGAGGAUCUACAAAGGCCAUCAGGCAAGAAUAGCACCGUCGCACUGUCAUCCAGUUGUUCCUUUCCUCGAGCGGGCACCAGUAACGUCUCCAUUGUGAGACUCGUUACUGUUUUGGCAUAUCGAAUACGCCAUGGUUAGCUUGCCGGGCUCUCCGAGAGGGACGGAGGAAUCGAAUCCGGGUCGGCCGCGUGCAAGGCAAAUGCCCAGGCAAGAAUAGGACAUGUACAAUGUAAAGACCUGAUUGAAUAGCCCCUUCCAUGCAGAUCAAGGAAUCACCAGCCAUCCUGUGCCACUCUCAUCUCCCACACCCCCUUCCCAGCCCUUGCCACCCGCCUUCCCAGCCCGCACCCUGCCUUCUCAGCCCCAUCUGCCUUCCCUUUCCUAUCCCCCCAGUCCUCCCUCCCCACUUGUUUGUAUCCUUGAUGUGACAUGCGCCGUGGGAACCAUGAACUGUGACUCACAUCCAUUGCCACUGCCCCUAAGGGCUGCUGCCAGGGCCUGUCCACCACGGUGGGCUCCUCUCUGCUGCUGGACCCCACUCUGAACUGCCCAGGGGACGAUGGUAGCUCUUCUAAGAAGGGCCUCCCGGGCAUGCGGGCUCAUACCUGGACAGCAGCGGGGAGGGCGGGGAGCCUGGGCUGUUUUUAGACCUGCUGGUCAACCGUAUUUGUGUAACAAAUUUUGUAAUAAACAGAAGAUCCCUUCA